GCUGAGAAAUAGUGCUCUUUAUGGUUUUAUUGUUCCUGCCCUGAUCAUUAUUUCGGUAAAUUUUAUCAUCGUUGUUAUGGUAAUGAAAACGAUGUUCUCUUCCUCUUUUAUGGUGAAAAAGUCUCUGAAAGAAAAGACAAUAAGUGGGGUUCGAGGAAUGAGUGCAUUGUUACCUGUCCUUGGGUUGACUUGGGUUUUUGGAAUUUUAUCAAUAGAUAGCAGCACCAUUGUCUUCAAAUAUUUAUUUGCCAUAUUUAAUUCCUUACAAGGCCUUUUUAUUUUCCUGUUCCAUGUUUUAAUGAACAAUCAGGUUCGGCAAGCCAUGUCAAGAAAAAUUAGAAAAUAUGAAUCAAGAACUUUAACGACGCGAACGUCCAAGAACAAAUUAGUUUCAAAAUCAAAUUCUAAAGAUUUAUACAGUGAAGAGGAAUUCAAAGAGGUCAGAAAAUACUCUGAGGGAUCCAUUAUACCAAGGAUACAAUUACCGAAUCCUGUUUACCGAGGAAAAUCGACGCCAUGUUGAAUAUUUCUUAUAAUGCGUUUUGAUACUCUUUUUGCAUUAUCAUCAUUUGAUAUGUGAUUUUGGACUUUAAAGAAGAGGAUAUAAACGUAGUGAAGUCUAGAAAAACUAUAUAUUGAUGAUAUACUAUUUCGUGAUUUUUGCUGUUCAUGUACAAAAAAUUAUUAUUAUUGGUUGACAUCCCGCUUCAUAAUGAUUUAGAUAAUGGUCACUUGUUUAUAAAAACUGUUCAUAUAUGCAAUGAACAUUGAAGAUCGAGUGCAUAUAAUUAUUAUGCUGGAGCAUAAACAACUU